UUAGCUCAACUCUCUCUCUCUCUCUAUCUCUCUGUGUGCGUCUGGAGCAAAAUGGGUGCACUUGACUACGUCUCGGACUUGUUCAGUUUCACAAAAACAAGAAGAGCAUUGAAAAGGAAAAAAAGAAAGCCGCUGCAGACCGUGCAGAUCAAGGUAAAGAUGGACUGCGACGGCUGCGAAAGGAGAGUGAAGCAUGCUGUUGAAUCGCUGAAAGGUGUGACAUCGGUGGACGUGAACCGAAAGCAAAGCAGGGUGACGGUCAGCGGCCACGUCGAGCCGAACAAGGUCCUCAAGAAGGUGAAGAGCACAGGAAAGGUGGCAGAAUUCUGGCCCUACGUCCCUUACCACUUGGUCGCCUACCCUUAUGUUGCUGGGGCCUAUGACAAGAAGGCACCAUCCGGCUUCGUGCGCAAUGUGCCUCAGGCACAACCUAUUCCGAAUGCAACCGACGUGAAAUACAUGGCUCUCUUCAGCGACGACAACCCCAAUGCAUGCUCCAUCAUGUGAAGGAGCUCAAACUUCUUGGCGAACUCCUUAAUGAAGAAAAGACACUGCACUGGAAGAUAACGAUCGAGUUUUAAUUAAGACGUAGCUCAUGUCACCAUGUCUUAGAGUGCUAAUUAUGACUAAUUAAUCUAGUCUUACUCUUCUGUCCGUUGCUUCCUUUGUAAAUGCACCAGAGGUAGCUUUUGAGGGUAUGCAAGACAUAAUAGCAUAAUCUAUAUUUUCUUUUAGCAA